CGGUGAUAUCUCGGACCAAGCCUGGGGCCCGCCGUCGACCUAUAGCUUCGUCUGUUGGUUUGCCCGGCGGAGCAGGACAAAACGGGCAGCCCAUACGCGCCGCUCCCGCGGUUUGCUGGGGCACAAACGACUCGCAUCAUGACGCCGGAGGAGCACUGGACGGAGCACGCGCCGCGGCCGCGCCGGCCACGCCUCGGCCCCAUCCUGCACCGCGUGGCCGCGGAGCUGCCGCACAUCAGCGAGGCCAAGGGCAUGCGCAUGGAGGGCGGCACACGCCUGGCCUUCCUGUCCUUCUACGGCGUCCAGAACGCGAGGACGUUGGUGGUUCACGCCGCCGAGCCCACGUCGAAGAGCGUGUCGCUGCUCGCGCUCGACGAGGCGUUUCUGCGGGCGGCCGUCGCGGCCGCGGGGUGGACGCGCGGACCUGUGCAGCACGACCAGGUGGACGCCGCGGGACCGCUCGCGCGCUGGCUCGGCCCGCGCGGGUCGUCGGUCGCCUGCAAGCGGCGGCUCUCGCGGUCGCAAUGGGCCGAGACACUCGGCUGGCUCGUGUCCAAAUUGCGGCUCGUGGGCGACAAAGAUUCGUUGACUGUAUGUGUCGAACCGGUCCAGGCCGUGCCGCCGACGCCAAUCGUGGAAGCGGAGCCGGAGAUGGUGGAGGACGAGGACGACGGCGACCUCGCGGAUUUGGGGCUGGACGCAUUCGCGGAGGCGUAUUAUGGGCGAUUGCGGGAGGCCGCGGGCGCGCCGGGGUCGCCGUCGGUCGCUUCCGUCGUGCCCGUGUCGCUCCCGCCCUCGCCGGCCGAGGAGGAGUCGUACCCCCUGUCGCCGCCCGAGGUCAUCUCCGAUGUUUAUGGAGGCGCGCGCGAGGCCGCGCUCAACGCGAUCGAUUUCGAGGAGGUGCGGCUGCGGACGCGGCGGCCGCUGCCCAACCCGCGGCCGCACGCGCAGCAUCUGGUGCUCGGCGCGCGCAUCGACAACAUCGAGCGAUUGAUCAAUGAGAAGCUUGACCAGGCCGAUGAACUAUCGGUCGGCGGCGUCGGGCUGGCUUGCUAAGAAAAUUAGUACAC